UAGUAGCGAUGCCCACACUGUCUCAGAGCGCGCGCGCGGAUAGCACACUGAGCACCCUGCCGCACCUAUAGGAGCGUUUGCUCGCGUUUGCUCGCGGUCCCAGAAGAUGGUCUGAACUCACGCGCUUUCCACCCCUUCAAGAGCUCUCGCGGAGUGCCGCAAUGUUGACUAGGCUGUUCAGUGACCCGUCGCUGCUUCCCGACAUGCAUAAGUAUUCGGCCUGGGCAGAGGACAGCGAGAGCGAGGACUCGAAGACCAAGGAUGAUGAGGAUCACUGCCGCGUGGGCGAUGACGACAUGGAUGUCCCGGACCUGAGAAGCAGCCGGGCACAUUCUGAGAUCGGCGGUGAAGACGAGGACGACGACGAGGCGGAUGAGGACGAAGGAGAGGACGGUGCAGAGGGGGACGGGCCCAAAAAACGGGGCCCUAAGAAGCGUAAAAUGACACCUGCGCGUAUCGAGCGAUCCAAGUUGCGUCGUCAAAAGGCAAACUCACGGGAGAGGACGCGCAUGCACGACCUGAACUCUGCGCUCGACAAUCUGCGUAAAGUCGUGCCCUGUUACUCAAAAACGCAGAAGCUCUCCAAAAUUGAGACUCUCCGUUUGGCCAAGAACUAUAUCUGGGCCCUCUCUGAGAUCCUGCGCUCCGGAAAGAAGCCUGAUCUUGUGUCCUACGUGCAGACGCUGUGUAAAGGACUGUCCCAACCCACGACCAACCUGGUUGCGGGUUGUCUGCAACUCAACUCCCGAAACUUCCUAACGGAGCAGUGUCCGGAAGGGGGACGCUAUCCCGGCUCCAACUCCUUCUCCAUGCAUCCUUACCCCUACCAGUGCUCCCGCCUCUCCAGCCCUCAGUACCAGUCUGGUUCCAACUCGCAUCCCUUACGGACACACGGGUACUGCUCAGCCUACGAUUCGCUGUACGGUGGCAGUGGAUCUCCAGAAUACAACAGCCCAGAGUAUGAGGGGCCCAUCUCCCCUCCCGUGUGCAUCAAUGGCAACUUUUCUCUGAAGCACCAGGGCACUACGUCCCCCGAGGUAGCCGAGAAAGGCUAUCAUUACUCUAUGCAUUACUCCGGCCUGACCGGCUCUCGCCCCACUGCUGGCCACAUAUACGGUUCUUCAGGGGUGCGGAGCAGCAUCCACUCCGAAAACGUAUCGCCUUACCACGACAUGCACCUGCACCACGAAAGGGCCCCCGUCCCCGUGUACGAUGAACUCAAUGCGUUUUUCCACAACUGAAAAAGCAGUAAUAUUGCCAUGCGUGGGAGUCUUCUUGCAAUCAACAAUCAAUUAGUUGCCCACCUUUGGCAAGGCGCGUGCACGGUCACACCCCCUCCCCUAAACCUUAGUCCCAAAGGACUAUGACACCAGACACGGAUCAUUGUGGAAAAAAACGUUUUAUUUAUUGUUUUUCUAUGUCCUUUUAUAUAAUUGUAUUUAUUUUGUAUCUAUUCUGUGACGAUGGGAUGCUGUGAAAAUGUUGCAUUUGAAAUGGAAUGUGUACAGAUUUGACGGUGAUUGACGUAUGGGUUAUUAUUGAACUAGAUAGUUAAACAGAGUUCAAAUGCAACCGCAUAGUCACGUUUAUAACAUUGUAACAACCGAUGAUGCUGUAACUAAUUUCGAAAUAGAGGAUUAAAUUAAGAAGCAAGCAGUGCACUUAAAAGCAAGCAUG